UCUGUGAAUCCCAGCCUCCCUCUCUAGAUAUCCAUCCCACACCUCUCCGCCCGCAAACGGCUCCUACGGUGAGAGAAAAAAAAAGAAGAGAGAACAGAACAGUUUCAAACACGUCGACAUAAAUAUCACUACUCAAGCUCCCUUUUCCCCCUUGCCCUCCCGACGGACUUCAGUACUUUUAUACAUUCAGCGCGCCAAUGCCAGAGACCACGCAGAAACGACGGAUUUUUUUCUCUUGAGCAUGAGAAGGAUUGCCAAAUCAUCCGCAAUCCAACAUCACCGACUGAGCCACCAGCAUGAGCCCUGGAUACAUAUGCUCCAGCAGAAGUUGUUGGCUAGAGAACUAAGAAAUCUUGGAGCACAAAUACAGCAAAGAGGGGAGAGUCAGUUUUAGGUCUCCACAUUAUGGAGCGAGAAUGAACAGAGAGCGGCUUAAAAAAAAGCAUGAACUGGAGGUUUAUUGAGGUCAUCUGCUUCCUGUUUAUAUGGGACCAUAUAACAGUUCAGUCUACCCGCCAGGACCUGUUGGCUGCUGAACAACAUGUCACCAAGCAAUAUGACUGGCUCAUCUCUGACCGUGGACCUUUCCACCACUCUCGGAGCUAUCUGUCCUUUGUGGAAAGAUUCCGCCAAGGAUUUACAACCAGAUAUAAAAUUUAUAGGGAAUUUGCACGUUGGAAGGUGAGAAAUACUGCUAUCGAGAGAAGGGACCUCAUCCGGAACCCCGUGCCACUCAUGCCUGAGUUCCAGCGCAGCGUACGCUUGCUGGGCCGAAGACCCACCACUCAGCAGUUUAUUGAUACUAUCAUUAAGAAAUAUGGAACCCACAUUCUCAUCUCAGCCACCCUAGGAGGGGAAGAGGCUCUGACAAUGUAUCUGGCCAAGAACAAGCUGGACAGAAAGCUGGUUAAUGCUACGCAGAAUGUGGAAGCCCUCCAUCAACUGGCAUCAUCCUACUUUAUUGAUCGUGAUGGUACAAUGAGGAAGUUGCAUGAGAUCCAGAUCUCCACAAAUGCCAUCAAGGUGACAGAGACACGGACAGGGCCGCUGGGAUGCAGCAGCUAUGACAAUUUGGACUCAGUUAGCUCAAUCCUCCUGCAGAGCCCUGAGAGCAAACUUCAUCUGCAAGGCCUUCAGGUCAUAUUCCCAGAAUACCUGCAGGAGAAAUUUGUCCAGUCAGCUCUGAGCUACAUCAUGUGCAACGGAGAGGGUGAAUAUGUGUGCCACAACAACCAGUGCAUCUGUCAGUGUGCUGAUGACUAUCCCCAGUGCAACUGUCCCAUCACUGACAUCCAGAUCAUGGAAAACACCCUACUGGUGAUGUCUGAGUCCUGGGCAGCCUCUUAUAAAGAUUUUGAAAACUCUGAUGAGUUCAAGUCAUUCCUGAAGAGACUCCCGUCCACUCAUUUUCUGCCCAUCAGCAGUGUGCAUCUUUUGUGGGGCAGCGACUGGGACCUGCAGGCCCGUUACAGACUCCUUCAGAGUUCCCUGGAGAUCCAGCGGCUCAAAAUCCAGCGCACCGCCCGCAAGCUAUUCAGCCUCAGCAUCCGCUGUCUUCACAAUCCCAGCCACCAAAUGCCAAGAGAGAGAUCUGUGAUGCAGUGGCUCAACAGGGUUCAGUCCUUCCUGUACUGCAAUGAGAAUGGGUUCUGGGGGACCUUUCUGGAGAGCCAAAAGGCGUGUGUGUGCCACACAGGUGCAACUCUGUGUCAGCGACCCAUCCCGUGUGUCAUAGGCGGCAACAACAGCUGUGCCAUGUGUAGCCUGGCCAACAUCUCACAAUGUGGCUCCUGCAACAAAGGCUACAAGUUGUAUCGUGGCCGCUGUGAGCCGCAGAAUGUGGACUCAGAACGCAGCGAGCAGUUCAUCAGUUUUGAAACUGAUCUGGACUUUCAGGACCUGGAGCUGAAAUACUUGCUGCAGAAAAUGGAUUCACGAUUGUACAUACACACCACUUUCAUCAGCAAUGAGAUCCGACUGGAGACAUUCUUCGACCCACGAUGGCGCAAGCGUAUGUCCCUGACUCUGAAAAGUAACAAAAAUCGGAUGGACUACCUCCACAUGAUCAUCGGUUUGUCAAUGAAAAUCUGUCAGAUGCGAAACAGCAGCAUUGAUCCCAUGUUCUUUGUUUAUGUUAACCCAUUCAGUGGCAGCCACUCAGAAGGCUGGAGCAUGCCCUUCGGUGAACACGGUUACCCACGGUGGGAAAAAGUUCGACUGCAGAACUCGCAGUGCUUCAACUGGACUCUCCUGCUGGGUAACAGGUGGAAGACCUUCUUUGAGACUGUGCACAUUUACCUGCGCAGCCGUGCUAAGGUUCCGACUGGCCUCCGUAAUGACACGGGACAGGGUCCAGUGGAUCUCGCAGAUCCCAACAAGCGGCAGAUCUACAUAAAGAUCUCCGAUAUCCAGGUGUUUGGUUAUAGCCUGCGGUUCAACGCUGACCUGCUACGUAGCGCUGUGCAGCAGGUUAACCAGUCAUAUACACAAGGAACUCAGUUCUACUCGUCCUCAUCUGUGAUGCUACUGCUGCUGGACAUUAGGGAUCGGAUUAACCGCUUAGCUCCCCCUUCUGCACCCGGCAAACCACAGCUGGACCUUUUCUCUUGUAUGCUGAAGCAUAGGCUGAAGCUCAACAACAGCGAGAUGAUUCGAGUGAACCAUGCCUUGGACAUGUACAGCACAGAAAUACUCAAACAAUCAGACCACCUGACUGCAAAACUUUGUUGAGUAAAACAUUAAUGUUAAGGACGGUAAGCAACAGAGAAACACCCAACUAAUUAACUAUGAGGGGAUGUUAGUCUUAUUUUUUCUCUUUUCUUUUUUGACCUUUUCUGCCUUUUGAUGUAAUAUUAACUUUGUAAGUAUAAUUCUUAAAAAAGAGAAAGAGGCAGUAAUGAAAAGCUUUUCUGGCAGAUAAAAAAAAAAAAAAAAGAUCAAUGGAAACACUGUAUGGACUGUAUCAUACUUGUCCCAGCAUGUCUGUAAUUCCCUUAAAGAACCUUAAAAAGAGAAAAUGGAAAAAAAAAACAAGUAUAUCUAUGUACUGGAUGAAAAGGAGGCCUUGAUUAUAACAUAAGGGAUCAAAGGUUGCAUCUGAUACUGCCAUUCUUUCUUGAGGAAAAAAGAUGACAUUUUUAAAGGUACAGAAAACACAAUGGCAGACUAGAUAUCAGUUUAUUUCACCUACUGGGCAAAGUAUUUCAAACCUAACAGACAGUUUAGUAUUAAAAUGUUUAUACAUUGUAAGGAAUCUAAAGCUCUAGUGAGUAAGUAGUCAUCACAUUUCUUACAUUUCAGAACCCACAGUGGAUCUGCAUUGCUUUUAGAAAGGUAUUUAACGCUGUCAUUGUUCUGAUACACGAGGCACACAGCAGGGCAGUAAUGGAUAGUCAUGUUGAAAACAAAAGCCAGCUGUUUAUAUAUACAUAUGUGUGGGUGAAUGUAUGCGAGUGUGUCUGUAAACCUCUUUCUUUUUUUUUUUUUCUUUUUUUUGGGCAUAAUGCUUAACGCUGUUUGUUAAUUGAAUGUGUCACUUGAGACUGACCCAAGUCUCUGCUGAAUCUUGCAUUUUGAACGCUUUUCUCCCCCACUGUGUAUGAAUUUCCAGCUGUGUGUGUUUUUUUUUUUUUUUUUGUUGUUUUUUCACAAGGCAGUAUACCUCCUGGUGCGUGAAUGCAAUAUUGUGGUCUGAAGAUUAUAACAAUCAAUGCUAUUUUGUACAGCUUUGCAAAAUGUACAUGUUGUGACUGCUGAUCUGUGGAGCUUUUCAGCACUGAGAGCAAAAUGUAAACAUUCAUCAUUCAGCCACAUUUGCAAGACAACCUAAAGCCAUACACUUCCCUGAGGUAGACAUACAGUAAGUCAUGACGUUCACCCUGUACCUGUUCCAUUUAUAUGUCUUUGUUCAACUCUCUCAGAAGAUUUCAGACAAGAGCACAGCAAAAAGGAAUAUGAUGAGUGGAGGCAUAACAUGUUGAGUGAAAUUGUGUCGUUAAAGCCAUUGAACUUGUAUUUUGUGCUGCAGGAAAAAGAAGAAAAUCUUAUAUUAAAGCUUAUAAUACCUUUUGAAA